AGUAAAGCGCAGCCUUCUCGUUGUCUGCGGUUCCCUCCCUUUUUUUUUAUUGGUAUCUGUCACAGCUCUCGCGCUGCGUACAUUAAUCCCCCGGGGAGUGAACGAACUGAGCAAAGAAGAAAAACAUCAACCACAAGGAGAUGCAGGCAUCGGCUGAGCUACGAAAUGCAAAUCGCGCCGGCACAUGGCCGGCGGCUGGAGCCGAUGCGGUGACGGCAGCCGUAGCAGGAUCACAAACCACGGACGGAUCAAAUUGCCCUCCCCUCACGAUGAACGCCGCGUCAGACAUGCCGACGGCUGCACACGCCUUCGCGGCAUGCUGUCGCGCCCUCAACCACAAAGCCAACACCGCACUAGUGGAACAGUUGCCGCUGUUGCAAAGCGGCACCGUCGUCGACCUCACCCGCAACUACGUCGGCGCUGCGGGGCUUCAGGCGAUCGCGGUGGUACUGCCCUUCAACCGCAACGUGACCGAGGUUCGAGCGCCGCGCAAUGGACUGACCAACGAUGCGGUGGUGAUCUUCUGUCGAGCCAUGCGUGAGCACGCUCGCCUUGCCGUGUUGGACUUUUCCGACAACACAGACAUCUCGCUGGCGGGUGGGCUGGCGCUGCUCUCUCUCGCGCAGGUGAUGCCGUCGCUGCGGGAGGUGCGCCUUGACGGUACCCACGUCCCGUCGGCGGUGCUGGGCAAGCUGAGCCGUGCGCUGGAGAUGAACGCGGCGAGAGCACCUACUGCAGCUUCAAAAAAAGCGUCUCCUGCUUUCGCUUCGUCCUCUGCGCGCAAGCCCAUCUCAUCUCGGCCGACAACCGCAUCGAACCAGUCAGCUGCUACCCAGCAGAAGGAAGGCGAGGCCGCGUUGCUGUUCGCGUUGGAAGAGCGGGUCCGCGCUGCUGUGGGGGACGGCUAUCAGCUGCCUCCCGCUGUCCCCUCCACGGGCUGGCGUGUGCUGGAGGUUCCUAUUCUCGCCCCACCGUUUCUGUUUGACACGGAAAUUCAGCUGCUGUGCACGAAUGUCUUUCCGCGCUUAAAUCGCGAGUUCGCGCCUUACCGACUUGUCUUCUACCCUGUCGUGGUGCUCGGUGCAAAUAGCGAUGGCGUCAAAAGCGAUGGGACGGACACGGCGCUGCGGACCGGCCGAGGAGGGCAACCGGCGCUUCGCACCGUCGGGUCAUACAACCGCGAGCUGCACUUUUUGCCGGUGUGCGAUGUCACUACUGCCGUCGCGCGUGGACGGUUUGCCGCAAUCGAGCUGGUAGGCGACCGCCCCGGCGACUACGCGCAGAUCUCGGCUGCUGCGAUGCUGGAGCUGCAACAGGACGGCCCUGCCGCCCACCGGAACUGCUCUCGCUUCCAGCCACCCGGUGAUGACGAUGAAAGGCGGGGCGAUGGCGCAGCUGCCACAGCGGUGGAUCGUCAAGACCCCCUGCAGCCGGUGUUGUAUGCGGCCCACGAAACAGCGCUGCGCCGCACGCAGUGGCUCCUGGUUGCGACUCGACGCGAAACGCGCUUCAUGCAGGUGCCGGCAGCGUUCGCACCCCUCCUCACGGCGGACCCCUUGGUGGCCCACCCAGAUCGCCACCGCACCGUGGUGCGCGACAUCGUCUACGAUGACGCCCUGGCCGCCACAGCCGCACGGGGUGCUCGCAAGGACCCGGCAAACGCACCGGCGAGUGAGCUGAGCGAUAUGGCGCGGACGCUGGAGUGGGACUACGGUGCGGAGGAGUAUCAGUGGAAGCGGCAUCUGGCGUGGCGUCGUCACGUCGUGGCCUCUGCCCCAGUAAAGGAGUUGGUGCUGUCGCAGUACAGCGCCACGUUCGACGGCACGGACGCCUCCGGCGCGGUGCGGCUGAAGGAUUUGGAGAGUUUUGAGGCCGGCGUUUACGAUCGCCUGCGCGUCCUCGUGCGGGCCUCUCUGAGCUCCUGCGCCUCCCUUGUCGAGGGAGACGACGCGGCGACGGCAGCCGAGGAUGAUGUACAUAGCAUUUUCCACCAAUUGAGUCUGCGAAGGCUGUGGAACAGCACCUUUGCCCAGGCCGUCGCAGAGCUCAGCAGCGGCGCCUUUAAAAAGAACGUCAUGAAUCGUGUCGUGCUCUACGCCGCCAACCCACCGAGCCGUAACUCGCUGCUGCUGCACGGACACGAUGCCACAGGACUGGCGAUGUUCAUGUGCCGCGCCGCAAGUCGUCUGCAGAGCUUCCAGUACGUCUACACGCUGGCCUUCUACACAGCCCGGUCCAGCGUCUUGCUGGAGGAACCGACGGACGUGCGCAGCUUUGUGGUGCAACUUGUGUCACAGCUGACCACUGAUGCUGCGGUGCUGCGCUACGUGCACGCCGAGGUCGACACGGCGCGGCUGUGCACCUUCUUUCUGCAGCUUCUCUCCGGUACGGUGCGGAACUCCAACACGGUGCGGAACUCCUCCACCACGACGAACGCUGUGGGUCGUGCGACGGCCAACGCCGUGUUCAGCGCGGCUGGGCUUCCGGACUACGUGGCGCAGUUCGUGCUGGGUGCGAAAUCGCCCCGCACCGAAGGCGAUGAAGCGUCGACGGAUGGAAAGACAACGGAGGAUGGCGAGACGGCAGCAACAGCAGCGUCAGCGGCGCCGCAUGCGUUUGUGAUUGUGGCAGACGGCAUCGACAAACUCGUGCCACCGGUGCGGCCGUGUGGUGCGUUGGUGUACGACCCAGACGGCAGCAGCGGCCUUGGCAACCGCGCCGAACCAGCCGACUGGUCCGACGACAACAAUGCGCGCGCAAACACACGGGCCUCCGAGUCUCUCCGAACGAUGAGCCGCCGCAACAGCACCGACGUUCCGAGUCCGCUGGACGCGCUGUUCCCGCGCGCGUUGGCUCGCAACGUGCGUUUCAUCGCGGGCUGCGAAACCGAUAGCGCCGCUUUCGACGCUCUCCGUCAGCUGGGCCGCGACAGCGCGGAGACGCUGAGCCUCGGCCCCGCCUCGGCCAACGAGGUGGAGCAGUACCUCUCCCCUGUCAUCCUUUCUCGCCUCGGACUCAAAUUCUCCGAGGACGACUUCGAGUGCGCACGGGCCAAGGAAGAUGCGACGAGUGGCGAGUACGUGCGCUACCUGCAGGACGCAGCGCGUGGGGCGCAGGAAGCACCUGGUUUUUUGACGCAGGCACAGGUGAUUCAAACCUUUCCGGAGACAACGGCUGGAGCAGCGCAGGGCGUGUACGACCGCCUUGUGUGCGUCUUCGGCCUCCCGCUAACGCGCAGCGUGUUGGGCUUUCUGACAGCGUCGCGAUGGGGACUGACCGUCCCCGAACUGCGCGCGCUUCUGCCGCGGCUCUCUGCGUGUCGGCUGCAGGAACUAUUGCGGCUGCUGAGGCCGGUGCUGGAGGCGGAAACGCCACCGGAGGCCUCUGUCGUGAUGGGGUCUGCGAGCGGCAACGCACAACUCGGGGCCGUGCGCCUGCAUGUGCCGUCCUUCCUCGACGUCGUGCACCGCGAGGCGCUGCAGGCGGUGACCGAUGUGCAGCAGAUGGACAACGACCAGCGCGUGUGGCACACCCAGUUAGCACAGUACUACUUGUCGAUUGUGUACCGAUCCCUCGGCACGCGCAAGGCGGACCGAAGUGGCGCGCGACGGAGCGUCAGCGGAGUCGAUGCUGCCGCAACGGCCGGCGAUCCGAAUGACCGCCCCGAGUUGUUGGCCGAGCAGCGCCGUGCCAUGAAGGAGGUGAUCUACCACAUAACCCAGAGCGGUGCCUUCUGGCCGCAGCUCGACGUCAUCGUUCUGUCGCUUCCGUUCCUGCAGCAGGUGUACGAGCUGGGUCUGGGCUAUGCCUACCUGCGCGACCUUACUGCCGCCUUCAACGAGCGCUACCAACGUCAUCUACUUGGUGAGGAUAUCGGCGAAGCCUCGUGGCAGCGUACGCAACCGCAAACAGAUGCAGCGAAAAGCUCGCGCCCAGCGUCAGGUACCGUUGCGAACCCCGAUGCCUCGCGGUACGCCCUGCCCGCCGUGCUCACACGGAUGCGCGAUUACGUGCGCUUUGCCCACGAUAACGGUCUUCUGUUGUCUCUUCGCCCCUCCCUCGUCACCCAGAUUGCGCUUCAGAUACCCGCCAGCACGUUGAACAGCGUGCAUCGCGACGCCGUAACGUUUUCGUUCCGCCAGCUCUUGCAGCCGCAACAACAGACGCAGGGCGGCAGCAAAGACACCCAACAGGCGCAAGCCGAAGUCGACCUGCAUCGCUCCAUCUACUUCACCUUGUCGACAAGCGCCGCGGCCUCCAGCAAGAGCGCUGCCACACAUCUCGGCCCCGUGACGUGCGCCGCGUAUUUGCCGAACCGCAAGUUCAUCGUGACGGCGAGCCGCGAUCGCUCGCUGGCCUGGGUGAACCCGCAGUCCGGCACCGUCGUCUGGCACGCGCGGCAGCCAACGGCCCCGCUGGAGUCGCUCACCAUGUGCCGCACCAGCGCCUACGUUGCCGCCGUCUCUGGCGACCGCACCGUGUGGAUUUACGACGGACUGCAGGGGAAACUAGUGACGCACUGCCGUGGCUGCGAGUGGUUUGACGCGCCGAUCGCCUCCGUUGUCUUCUCCGCACGCGGUCGCUUUCUGUGGGUGGUGACGACCGACACCCGCGCGCGCUGCUUCGAGUGCGAGACGGGGUACCUGCGGUGUACGCUGGGCGUGUCGGAGUUGCUGCUGGAAGGCUCGGGGAAGCAAAACGCUGGUCCGGCUGAGGUCCGAACGGAUGGUACUGAAGGUGACGUGGAUGAUGUCGACGCCGAGGCGACAAGCGAGCCGCAUGACGGGGCGGUGGCGCCCGGCACUGCGGACUGGCACCAGCGUCAAAAUUUCCUUUCUGUGCUGCCCGACCCAGACGAGGAUGAGGUCUGCACGACGGUGGUGGCGCACGAGGUUCGCCAGUGGCAGCUGCAGCCGUGGAAGUCUGCAGUGCAGAGUGACGGAGCGGCUUCGCUUGAGGCGGAGGACAAGGCGAAGGAGAAGUUGGUUGCGUUCGAUAUGACAGCGCGGUGCCGCCUUCUUUUCGCAGAUGACACGGCAGUGGAAGUCAAGCCGUCAUGGACGCGGCCGGAGGGGUACAAGGUCGCCGUAUCGUGGGACCUGCCGGCGACGUGUCAGCGGAGUGAAUGGCGUCGCGCUGUGCAUGCGUUUGCCUUGCCCGUCGCACACAAGGCGGAAGUUCAUCUGCUCGCCCUUCCAUUAGAAGCGGUGAACGACCAGACUAUGGCUGCAGCGGUGCGGUGCGUCUGUGCUUCUCCCCUCUCGGAUGACGAGGAGGUGGCCGUCAUGUGCGCCUCUCCAGACGGUACGUGGUUGGCGGUGGGCAUGAGGAGUGGCAGGAUUUGCCUCUUCGACAUCAGCAGCGCCUAUCGCACCUGGACGAAGGAGUUUCUCUCCACUGGUGGUGCGUCCGAUUCCCAAGUUCCGGGGCUGACAACGCCCGUGGUGUGCGAACCAACCUGUCAGUAUACGGGUCUGAUGCCGGCUCCCGGCGUGUUGUCCGCGCCGAUUCGCACGCUCGCCUUUCACCGCGAUGGUCGUCUUCUCUUCGCCUUGGGCCGCUCUCUCAAGUGCUGGCGCGUGCCGUUGGGUGCAUCUUCACAGGGGGAGAGUUCAACGAAGGAGGUGGGGGAGUACGUCUGGGCGCAGACACUGACGUGCCUUACCGUCUUGCCUCCCCCUGCCGUACCGAGCCGCGAUGCAGAGCUGCCUUCUAACGUGGCGGACGUGUGCGUGGGUGACGAGACAGGUCAAUUGACGCUGCUAAAGCUGUGGAAGCCGAAUUACUGA